AUGACAAAAGUUUCAACGGCAUCUAAUAAAUCGUUACAUCUAACUGGAAUCGGAUUGGCAGUCCAGGCGUUUUAUAUAAAUCUAACACUGGACACUGUGAUGGGUGGUGAUUUUGUUCAGUUAAAGCCUGCAGGACCACCCAUCAUCAAUCCGGCGGGAGUCUGGAGCGUGGAUCAAGCACCCCAGGGAUAUGCUACAGCUGGCAGUAAUUUGGCUUUAAACGGAUUGCAAGCAUUACAGGCUUUCGGUGGAAACAAAAUCGAUGCCAACGGAUAUCGAGACCAGAAUGGGUUCUACCGAGACAAUAACGGUGCACUGAACGGAUAUGACGUCGGAAAUACUUAUGGCGGUGUCAACGACCGUGGAGUUACAAGUGUGGAAGGCGGAGCUUAUGGUGGUAUAAAUGGACGGAACAAGGGACAUCAAGUUGCUGGAUUCAGCACUUCGUACCAAAAAAAUGAAAGUGGUAAUAAAGCUACGUAUUAUGACGAUGGUCUUGGACACGGUGGAGUGAUUCAAUAUGGUGCGAAAGAUCAAAGGUUCAGAGAUGGAGAAGGCAAGGCAUUCGGAGGAGGCUACCACGAUUCGUCGGUGAAGACAAACGCAGUCGGUCAACAAGGCCAGUUCGGUAACGGGGACGGUUACCACGCCGCCGGUGGUCAGACGGGCGACGCGGUCAACAAUCAACUCUACGGCACGCGGUCCGACAGCGGCCCGGGCAUCGUGGCCGGCACGCCGUUUUUGGUGUCCACCACUGACCCAUUGCCACCAGUCGUCCAUCUGCCACCGCAGUACGUGCAACAAUCCCCGCAGUACAUCCCUCAGGCACCGCAGUACGUCCCGCAGGCCCAAUACGUCCCUCAGGCCCAAUACGUCCCGCAGGCCCCGUACAUCCCGCAGGCCCCGUUCGCGGCCCAGGCACCGUUCGCGGCCCAGGCCCCGUUCGCUGCCCAGGCACCCAAUUUGUACCAGAGCAACAUUCCACAGCUGCCGCCCAUCAUACAGCAGCAACCGGGAUCGAUACUUCCGCCGUACAACGUGCAAUUGCCCGCUUUAUCGCUGUCCGCCCGCUCGCCGUCCGGCCAAUACGUCGUGCCCAUGCCACCAAAACUCUACGUGGACAAACCCAACGCCACCACAGACGGUUGA